GAGAGCGAGAGAGAGAGAGAGAGUCUUCCAGGAAGGGAUUAUUAACCAACACGCUGCCGACAGAUGAAGGAAGCAGGCAGACAAAGAAGUUUUGGCUCCUACAGCCCAGAAAUGAGCCCAAAGACCAGAUUCUAGCGCUCCAUGAAAAGUCCUACUUCAACAACAACCAGCCGAGCAGCAGGACUGCCUCCUCUGUGUCCGUCGGUGUGUGGCUUUCUCUAAAGAAAAGAACGAAGAAGACGAGGAAAGUGGAAGGACACGGAGAGAAGUUGACGGGAGAUAAUGUCUGAAUCCUCCUCCUCCGCUACCAAAAAGCAGGAGAGGAGCUCUUUCAGUCCUUCCGCGAACCCGCUGCCAAACUCCACUUCCUCCCCCGUCCAUGCUCCCGCCGCGAGGCCAGCCAGCCGAAUGGAGGACGAGCCUGCCAGGCUGCCUGCGCACCUGCGUCUGCAGCCGGUGUUCUGGAGCCGGGACGAUGUGGCCCAGUGGCUGCGGUGGGCUGAGAAGGAGUACGCCCUUCGGCCCAUCACAAGCGGCUCUUUCCAGAUGAACGGCAAAGCCCUGCUGCUGCUCACCAAGGAGGACUUCCGCUACCGAUCCCCACACUCGGGAUCUUCUAAGAAUGGGCAGGCCAUUUUCCAAGAGAACUGA